UAUUCAAAGUAACGGAAACGUAUUCGGGCAUAUAAGAAUAAAAAUAAAAAUAAUGGAGUUUCAGAAAGAACACCGUGAUGUUGGCAAAUUUACAUGAAAGAAGUAACAAAGUUUCGAUGAAUACCAGAAGCCUCUUCGAAUACAGAAACUGACCCUUUCGAUUGUCAAAAUCUUCUUCUUUUAUUUUUUACAGGCAAGAAAGAAAUUUGGUUUUCAUGGAUAAUUUACCGGACCAAUUGGUUUGGGAGAUCUUGAGCCGAGUCAAGAAAACUGUUGAUAGGAACUCUGCUUCAUUGACAUGUAAACGUCUCUACGAGUUCGAUAAUGAACAACGAUCGUGUCUUAGGUUUGGUUGCGGAUUAGAUCCUGCUGAUCAAGCUCUGACUUCCCUUUGCAACCGAUUUUCUAACUUAGUAAAAGUAGAAAUAACAUACUCUGGUUGGAUGUCCAAGCUAGGAAAACAAUUAGAUGACCAAGGGCUUGAGAUUCUUUCUAAAAAGUGCCCAUCUCUGAUUGAUCUCACUUUAAGCUAUUGUACAUUCAUAACCGAUGUGGGUCUUCGUUAUUUGGCCUCUUGCUCCAAUCUUUCGGCCUUGAAAUUGAAUUUUACACCAAGAAUCACUGGAUGUGGGAUAUUAUCUGUUGUUGUGGGCUGCAAAAUACUCACUGUUCUCCACCUCAACAGAUGUCUAAAUGUUACUAGUGUUGAAUGGUUGGAAUACCUUGGCAAGCUUGAAACACUUGAAGACCUUUCAAUUAAAAAUUGUAGAGUGAUUGGGGAAGGUGAUUUGAUUAAGUUAGGAUACAGCUGGCGAAAAGUCAAAAAGUUGCAGUUUGAAGUCGAUGCUAAUUACAGAUAUAUGAAGGUUUAUGAUCGAUUAGCUGUAGAUCGAUGGCAAAAGCAAUUAGUCCCAUGUGAAUCUAUGUUGGAGCUUAGCCUGGUGAAUUGCAUUAUCAGCCCAGGCAGAGGGCUUGCUUGUGUGUUGGGAAAGUGCAAGAACUUGGAGAAGAUUCAUUUGGACAUGUGUGUUGGGGUAAGGGACUGUGACAUUAUAGGCUUAGCCCAAAAAUCAAGAAAUCUUCGGUCAAUUUCCCUCCGAGUUCCUUCUGAUUUCUCCUUGCCACUUCUGCUAAACAACCCUUUGAGGUUAACAGAUGAUAGUCUUAAAGCAGUGGCUCAAAAUUGUAAAAUGCUUGAAUCUGUAAGGCUAUCAUUUUCUGAUGGGGAAUUUCCUUCCUUUUCAUCAUUUACUUUAAAUGGAAUUCUUGCAUUGAUUCAGAUGUGCCCCAUUCGAGAACUUUCUCUUGACCAUGUGUAUUCCUUCAAUGACACUGGGAUGGAAGCUCUUUGUAUGGCUCAGUUUCUUGAAACAUUAGAGCUUGUCAGAUGCCAAGAGAUCAGCGACGAGGGUUUGCAGCUCGCUGCCCAUUUUCCUCGCUUGUGCAUAUUACGGUUAAGGAAGUGUUUGGGAAUGACAGAUGAUGGGUUAAUGCCUCUUAUUGGGUCGUACAAGUUGGAAACAUUGACAGUGGAAGAUUGUCCUCAAAUUUCUGAAAGGGGUGUUCAAGGAGCUGCAAGAACGGUGUCAUUCCGACAGGACUUGUCAUGGAUGUAUUAAACCUCAUUUAAUUUGUUUAUUUUUCCUUACAUUUCUCUCUGAUUUGUUCUAAACUGUUCCCUCUGUAUUUGUUUCUUGUUCUAUCAUUCUUACUUGUUAGUAGUUGAGUUGUUCAUUACCAUUGUAUAGUAUGUUUUAAUAAAUUGUGUUGUGGAUAAAUUUAUCCUUCUCAUA